UUCGUUGUCUGGGUAGUUUGAAUGUAUCAGUAUAAUAGUACGGCAAUUACUAUUCAACUCUUUAAAUUAGAUCGAGGGCGUUGAAUACAUGUACCAUAAUUUAUCUCUGGAAGGCAGACUUUGCCCCAUUCCAUGUAUUAUUAAUUAAGGGACAUAACUCACAGAGAACCAAACUCUAACAAUGGAAAGUGAUCGCCCUUUGCGUUUCUCAAGUAAUGAAAUCGAGGCUGAGUUUUUGACCUGUCCUGUAUGCAAGGGGAACCUUGUAAACAGAGACACAUCUCAGGCUCAUUUGUUGCCAUGCCUUCAUGCUAUAUGCAGGUCUUGUUUACUGAUCAACAUCAGAGGAGAAGGUCAACAUCGUACCCAGAAAAUAAAUUGUGUUGUAUGUGGAGAAGGUCAUGACCUUAAGUCGAGCAAUGUAAAGGAUGCAUUUCCGGUGGACAAUACGAGGCCGGAUUUAUGGGAGUAUAUCCAGACGAAGAAGACAACUGCAGCGAUAGAUUGCGCCUCCGUUAAUUGUAAUAAUGGCAAAAAUGUUACCGCCCGAUGCGUGGAUUGCGCCGAGUUUUUGUGCGAUGACUGCACGCUUGCGCACCAACGAAAUUCAAAAACCAGUCACCAUGGCAUUUUAGACAUAUCCGAACUAAAAGAAACAGAAAAUCUGAAAGCGUUCCACAAGCCGUUGGCCUGCUCUUUGCACGGCGAACCUCUGUUAUGUUACUGUUUAAAGGUGUCUUGCCAAAAACCAGUCUGUUUUAUGUGUGUCCUGACUUCUUGUAAGGAAUCAGAAGGUCACACAAUCAUAAGUUUGGAAGAAACUGUGGCUCAGCUGAAAUUGGAUUUAGAGCAACAAAUGAAAACUCUUGGGACCAAAAAGCAUGAAAUUCAGAAAGUUGGAACUCUCGUCGAGAGGGAGGUAGAAAAGUUAGAGGAACGCAAGGAGAUGCUAGAAUCGGACAUUGAUUCAACGAUUGAUGGGAUGAUUAUAAUGCUGGAGUCGAAGCGAGCGGAGCUGAAGACCACAUUGAGGAAAAAGAUAGACAACAAGCGACAGCAUUUGAAUGAACAAAAGAAAAGUUUGGAUGGGAAGGGUGCUUCUAUUUCCCAGGGGCUUCGUUUAGCUGAGACGGCGCUCUGUUCCACAAACAAUGCCGCUUUCUCACAACUAGAGAAUCCCAUUCGGAAACGAUUCGAUCGAUUGGAGCACGAUCCAUUUGAUAGGAAACCUCACGAGCGAGCUGCCCAAAUUAAGUUCGAUACGCUCAACGCUAAACAGGCACUGCAAAAAAUCUUGAACGAAUCGGUAGAAGUCUGGUCCACUUCUGUUUUCCCGCCAUUUACAACGAUUGAGAUUUAUGGAGAGCCUAGGGAAAACACAUUGGCUAAGAUUUCGAUAUGUCUUCAUGACUAUCAGAAACACCCAGUUGACCAAGACGUGUCUGCCGGUUUGAAGAUAUUUGUUGUUGACCCAUCAGAAAAGAAGAUGGAGCUACAGCUGACCAAAGGUAACCUGUCUGGAGAUCUACUUGUUUCCUAUGUCCCGUUUUCUACGGGAAAACACGAGAUUUCUGUCGAGCUGCUCGGCGAAGAUGUUGGUCGGAAGGCGUUUAUAGUGGAUUGUGCUGAUGGGAAAAACACACAAUGCGAGAAUAGCUGUCAAGACAUCGAGAACGGAGAUACAGGCAGACGGAGUUUCACUUUUGACAGCACGCUUUCAAAUCCAAAUGUAACGAUAUCAGAGAACGGAAUGUCCUUUGAAAAUUUUACUUCACUUUCUACAAGCCCAAGUCUGUCUGCAAAACGUUUUCGGCGUUUUAAAGGAACCCGGGGAAGCCUUCCUUUCAAAACUACAGACAUUGCCUCAUAUAGCAUGUCUGUUCGAUUCUGGGUAAGACAGCCACUCGGUAAAAGCCAAGUCAUUUUUGAAAUUGGCCUCGCUUUGGAAACUUCCAUUGACAACAAUCAUCACGUGGAUGGGCAGCCAUUUUGCUGGUCCAUGGUCGGAUUCCAUCAUCCUGAAUGUGACACCAUUUGUCUCGUUGUUGCACACAGAGGGCAAGUUCUUUGUCAUGAAAAGAUGGCUGAGAAUCGUGCCGACUGCAUUUUCCAGACAACGUUUUCUUUCAACGUGGAUAUGAAAAAUGGCCGCUGGGAGAUUUUGAAGGAAAAUCGAAAAUUAUGUUCGGUCGAGAUAAAUUCGGAUAAUCCCCUUUAUCCUGUCAUUUCCGGGUAUAAUCCAUCUAAAGUUUGGUUAAAGGUUAAUCUCAAAGAUUGUUGAGAUGGAUAGACGGAUCUAUGCCGAUACAAAUACAUUUAACACACAAUGAAUCACGCCUAUGCUACCGCGCUUAGGGAAGGGAUAUUGUUAUCGGAAUAGACGGUUAUUCGGAUUAAAUAGGCAUUGUGUCACAGUUAUGAUAAUACUUGUUUUAUUUUGGUGCACUUUUUAAUGAUCUGUUUGUUUGUUAACGUUUACAAAAUAUAAUUUCAUAUAAUUAAUAGUGCUUAACUGUUUAAACAGAUUGAAAUAUUUGAUAUGUAUUUCCGUAAUAAUAUAAGACUUAGUGCAUUUGAAUGUCUUAAAAUGAAUUUGAAAUGUUUAAGAUUAGGUUCUAUUUAUAUAAGGAAUAAGGAAUCAUUCUUUGAGUAUUAUGAGGUGAUAAUUUUGGUCGGGGCGUGAUCAAAUCCAAUAAAGCCCGAAGGGAUUUAUGAUAGAUUUGAUCACGCCCCGACCGAAAUUAUCACCUCAUAAUAUUCAAAGAAUGAUUCAUUAUUACUUAUAUUUAUAUAAUUUUAAGCCAUCGUACGAUUUAAUAAUUAUUUAAAUGUAAAUAAGCAAACCCCGCUGGCGCCUCAAUUUGGCGUCAUUUGUAUUAUGGGUUAUAUCGUACAAAAUCGAUACGUAGUGUUAUCACAGGCAAAGACACUGGAAAAUGUAAAUAUACAAAAAUAAGUUGUUGGAUUUUCGAUGCCAGAACAAGGAAAUCCGAACUGACUAUUUAUAAGGAGGGCUUCUUCUAAUAAACAUCAUCUCUAUCGCAGAUCGAACUAAAUAUAGAAAAAAUACUUAGUGUUCGGAUUGACUAUGAUCACGUUUUUAUGUGGGUGUGACGGUGUACCAUGUAGUUUAUGAACACGUAAACAUUUGUACCAACCUUCUCGGAGACAUUUAUUUCCUCAUUGUUACGUUGAUAUCAAUAUCGUUAAUGGAUUAUAAUUUUGCGAGUUCUGUGUAACAAUCUGGUUUUGCAUGAAGGCUUUUCCUUGUUGUUGCUUUUUUGUGGGUGGGUGGGGGUGUAGAUAUAAGGAAGUAUUUUGAAUGUGUCUUCCAUAUCAUAUUAUUGUUUAAAUACAUGUAACUCUUGUUAUGAUGAAUAUUACAUAUAUUUGGUUUUGUAUUUAUUAUACUGUAUUUGUUAUUUCUUAUUUGUCUCUGUCAUGCACUUCAUCAUGCUUUGAGCAUAAUUAUAUCCUGAACUACUAUAGUAGAAAAGUUUUUACUAUAUUUUAUUAUGAAACAUUGAUAUUAUAUAAUACUUAAUUCAAAAUGAGUGUAUAAUUGAUAAACACGCUGUUAUAUAUAAAUAUUGUUUUAUUAUACAAUGUUCUUACACAAAUAGAUCGAGAUUGAGAUGGCGAACGUUUGUUUUCAAUUGUAAUUUUGUUUGUUGUUGUUGUUGGUUUUUUUUUCAAAGUAUUAUAUAAUAUUUGCCUAACGUUUUAUUUAUCAAAUUGAAAACUCACAACCAGAAGGUCGAAAUUUUGUUUCAGUAUAAAAGUAUGCAUUUAUUUGCAUUUGUGGUAGACCAAGCAAAAUAAAAACUAAAUAAAAUCAAA